AUGCCUCUACCGGCGCUGCUGCUGCCCUUCGCGAAGACGCGAGCUCGCCUCCUCGAAGCGCCUCCCUCGGCACGACCGGGAGCUACGAGUAACACGAUGAGCUUCGGAAUGGAACAGGCCCGCGAGAGACUGCGACAAGCAACUGCUGUCUGCGCCUCCGUGGAAUCAGGAUACUGGCAGCACCGCAGCAGGGUCCAUGACAAGCAGGAGCAAGUAAUUGUCUCUGCUGCUGAGCGAGGAUACCAGGCAGCUUCCACGCCGCCGCCGCCGACCGCCCAACAGCAGCAGCAGCAGCAACAGCAGCGGCAGCAGCCCAAGGACCACCUCCAACACCCCGAUGUCGCGGCGCGGUACGGCGGCAGCAGCGGCGCCACCGCGGAUCUGGGAGGCCGCAGCCGCCUGUGGAACACGGAGAACGAGCAGCAGCAGCAGCAGUCCGCAUGGAGGAAGCUCAAGAAGCUGGACCACCAUCACCACCACCCGCGCCAGAUAUCGCCGUCGCUGGUGUCCACGCUGCCGGCGGUGCUGGUGGAGACUGGCCCGCUCCCGCCGCUCGCCGGCGCCGGCGCCCCCCCGCCGUACAAGCGCACCAGGAAGACGUCGGCCGAAGAGCACCAGGACUUCAUGAACGCCGCUGGCAGCGCCGCCGUGACGACGGGCGUCGGGCCUUAUCACCCGUUUCUCGGGUCCCCUGAGAUGGCGGCGGUGGCGGUCUCCGAGGCGAGCUCGCGGGGCUCGUUCUCGUCGACUGGCUCCUCUCCCGCGCUCCAGCACAACCACCACGGCUUCUACCCGGCAACGGCGGCGGGCGGCGACUUCUCCGCCUCUUCUGCCGCCGCGGACCCGGAUCAUAUCCCCUUCCGCCGCGUGUCCAUCACGUCCACGACCUCCCACGACUGGGAGCAGCAGCGCGAGAUGCGGCAGCCGCGCGCCGGCGACGUGGACGGCGGAGGCGCCGGCGGCAGUGGCGCUGCCGCCGACCGCGAGGACGCCGCCGCCGCCGUGCGGGUGCUGGGCUUGCGCAACGGGCACGCCUCGGCCGCGGCGGCGGCGGCGGUGGCGGCCACGGAGCCGUUGACGUCAUCGGACGCGGUGGUGGCGGGGUCAAAGAGGUUCCGCGAUGCCUUCGAGGAAAGUCAAGCGCCGCUGCCGCCGCCGCUGCAGAUGUCGCUGCCGCCGGCGGUGAAGAUCGUUCGCCCGGGCGGCGGCGCGGUGGGCCCCCCCACUACCAUGACGAGGCACGGCAGGGGCGGCGGCGCCCCCAACGGCACCGCCGGCGGUGGCGGCCGACGCCCCUCAACGGGAAUGCGCCAGCGGGUGGACAGGAGCAAGGAGACCGGGACUACAGUCGCGCCCAAGGGCGCGCAGGCAUGCAGGGACGUCGGGUGCCACCGCCGCCCCAUCUACGCCUUCAAGGGUGACACGAAGGCUCUGUGCUGCCCGAUCCACCGGUCCGCAGAGAUGGUGAACGUGAGGCAUCCUCUGUGCCGUCACGAGUCGUGCUUCCGCCAGCCGAGUUUUGGGAUGGAGGUACGCUUACAUCGCCGAGAGACAUGGACCCACAUGAAACGCUGCCUUCACCAAAAGCACGCUCUCUCGCUUGCUUGCCGUUGACGCCUAGUAGGUAGGGCAUUUUUUUUGUGGACAGACUACGUUACGUUGUAGUCGGAUUCGUUUGGAUGAGCCCUCCUCGCCCGCAUCUAGAAACGAGCUCUGACGACCAUCGCCGCGCCGUUCGGUGAUAGCUAAGGUUACCACUCGCAUGCCGCCUAGGUUGUCGGCGAGACCCGCGCGGUGGCCAGGUUAGUUUAGGCACACACCCAAUCCCUCUCCCGCCUCCCGCCCGUCACGACCUUAAACUUGUGUAUCUCGUAGCUCCUUCCCAGCAAGUUCCUGCCUCGGCGAAGGGUUUUGAACGUUGACCCCUUCACCGGGUGGUACACCCCGCAGCCCAAACCUUACUUACUCACUAACGCUAUCAUUCGUGUUCUCUACGCGUUGGUUCCCUUUUCGGGUCCUGAUGGAGGGAGUGCCCGGGGAUUUGAAAUGGCGGUAAAAUUAUGUCUGUAGAACGCAGGCUGCGUCGAACUGACUUGACUGCCAGCUGCCAGUUGUGGCGUCUGUCUCCCAGGCUCGAUGGCUCGCCCCGCUGACGGGGUGUUCUUGAGUCGAAAAGUCCAGCAAACCUCAACG